CACCUGCAUGGUGGUGCUGGAAGACUUGGAGGCCUCCAUCACUGAUCUAAAAGAGACGAGAAAAUAAGAAGAUGAGGAGGGGAAAAGCAGGACCCGUACCGAACCUAAACGGAUCAGCAGGGGGCGCUGUGUUGCUGCAGUAAAACGCAGUAGAAGAAGAUGAGUUGCGGGAAAACUGAAGCGGAUGAGCUUUAUGUUGACGCCUACAAACUGUCAGAAAACAAGCCUUUUAAAAUCACUAUGACGACCCCAAAAGCCACCGAUGUCAAAAAGGGAAUCUCAGUCCUCUGGGAAACUCUUCAAUGUCCCAUUUGCCUGGAUUUAAUGUCUGCACCGGUUUCUACUAAAUGUGAUCACCAGUUUUGCAAAUUUUGUAUUACUAAGCUUUUGGACAACUCCAAACAAAACAGAGCCAACUGCCCAGUGUGUAAAUUCAAGAUAACAAAAAGGAGCCUGCAGGAGAGCCCUGGGUUUCAGAGGCUUGUUGCAGGACUUCAGGAGAUGAUACAAGCAUAUGAACAUGACACCUGCACAAACUACUUUACUGGACUGCCACAGCAAAGAAAGAACACUAAAAAUACAGAAACAAGUAAAGAUGCAUGGGAUUUAUCAUUUGGAGACCCAUCUGGAAUUGAACAGAACAAUAAGGGAACUGAACACCGAAAUGAUUCUCCACAGUCCUGCUCCUCAACUGUAGCAGCUCAGAAUGGGUUUGCUCAGCUUAUGGGACUUGAAGACUCUGCAUCUGUAACAGCAGAAAACGAAGGCCUGGAUAGCGGCCUGGGUGACAUCCCACCAACAUCUGACAAGAAAAUGUCAGAUAACUUGGAGCCAGAAACUGCAAAUGUUGGAAAAAACGCAACGGAUGCGUCUAAAAACAAAAGGCUGAAGCGCAAACCGGAGAAGGCCUCUAACUGUUUAGAUUCAACUCAAGAGGAACCUGGUCAACAGAAUGUCCGAAAGUCCUCUAGAAAGAAACAGAAAAAUGAUUUGGAGCACAACAAGAUUCUUGAGCAGAAAAAGAAGAAAAGUUUGGAGAAAGUCGCUGAGUGGCUCCUCAAAGUUCCAGCCGAAGAAGAGCUGGAACUAGAGAAACCCCUCCACAGCGAAGACGAUUCGGAUAGCAGUUCGUCUUCGUCGAUCCGGGACGUUGAGCCGCAAAACGUUGAAUUGAAUCCUAAGAGAAAACAUCGUGGCAAAGCCAUUGAAGAGCAGGUUUUUGGCGUCAUCUACAAGCGAAGAGGAAGCAAAGUUACCGAGCCGCUAACGGCUAAAGAAAUAGAAACUUGUAAAAGAUUUUCAAAACUGAAGAAGAAAAACAAUGUCCGCCUUUGUGAAGAGCGACAAACAGUAGAAAAUGACACUGGCAGUGACUUUUUUAAAGAAUUGGAACAGAUGGCGGUCGAGGAAAAGGUUGAGGAAACUGUGGAGAAGUUGAACCAGAAAGUAAGCGACAAAUAUAAGGGGGAACACGAGGUUCCUGUUGCUGAUUUCAUACAACCGGAAACUACAGCACCAACGAGAAGGACUUGCAAAAGUCUGCAUCAACCUGAGGGUGAUUUACAAGAGCAGACUCAGUUGAAACCAAAAGGUACCGACAAGAAAAGUGAUUGUCGGAAAGAAAAAAAUUCAAAGUUAAGCAGAAAGAAACCAACUAAGGUGGCAAAACCUCUUGUGUUAGUCGAAGUUCAGGACAGGGAAACGAGUCCUAAACCCAGUGAAAGAGUUAAAGAAGUCGAAGUUCAAAUAGAGACUUAUCCCAGCAGCGAGGAACAGACAACUCCAGUCAUGAAGAGCGCCAGAAAAAGCAGAAGGCUUCAGCUUUUUGUUGACGAGGUUCAUGGAAGUCACAAGAAAACAACCAAUAAAGUUACUGCAACUAAAACAGACGAAGUCGCUAAAAAGCAAUCUGAUGAAACAAUGGAUGCAACUCCAUCUAAAAGUAGAAACCUUAUGAAGGAAGCUAAAAGAAACAGAUGUGUUACUGAGGAGGAUAUCGGAGUGAUAGAAAAUGUAGAAAAGAGAGAAAGAAUGUCUUUGUCACAAGCUGAAGCAGAGGUACCCGAAGCACAAACGCUAGCUAAACCUGAAUGUACUGUCUCUGUGGUCCCGAACUCCACAAGUCCAACCGAUCCAUCCAUCGUAGGUCCGACGCUUGAAAGUGAGAAGCAGGAGAAUAAUCGCCCACCUGGCUCUCAGCAGGAGACAUUUGCUAACGUUGAAGAGUACGAGGAUGGCAAGAACGACAGUGAACUGGACACAGAGCAACUUCUCCAAAGCUUCAAAGCUUCCAAACGGAAAUCUUUCCUUCUUGGAGACCCCAGCGCGAAGAGAAGUCGCAGUUUGGAUGUGGAAAACGCUGAAGGGAGCCAACAUAACUGUUCAAGCGCUGAACUAUCAGAAAAUAUAAACCAGGUUUCAAAAUCGACUUGUAGUGACGUGAUUUCCCCUUCCAACUCGCCCAGUAAGAUUAGAAAACCAGAUCAAGCUCUACUGGACGCUUCCAAUCCUGAUGGGAACUGUCCAUCCAGGAGCAACGUCGGCAGCGGUCUCAGUCCAAACAAAGUGGCAAAGUGUGACAGAGACAGUCCUCUGUCUGUCGUCCCUCAGGUCGUGGACUCUGGCCUCCGCUUCAUAGCUGUUGAACAGGAAGCAGCAAACGCUUCCCAGGGCAACUACCUGACGGAGAUCCCAGACAGCAUUUCAAAAUGUCCUUCGGAUAACAAAACCGAGACAAUUUUUGUUGGAGAGUCUUCUUUAACCCUGGACCAAGAGGUCAAGGAAGCCAACGGCAGCGGAGAAGUCAGCACUCAAUCCUCCAUCCAGACCAACCAGAAGAAGAAGAGGAAGACUCAGAGGCUGGAGUCUUCAUCCGAGUCCAGCAGCUCAUCUAAAGAGGAGUUACCGACUUUGGCGCAGAUCUUUGGAACAUCAGACCAUCCUCAAGCUGAGAUUAAACAUCAGGGAGAAAUCGGCGAAGCUAACAGAUUGGAGGGAGUUGCUGAAGAACCACUGGGUCGUCCAGCUGGAAGUCUGACCCCAGAUCAGCUCGACUCCAGCCAGGCAUCCGUCGACUUGUUCGGCACACCGGAGGAAGGUGACGCCCCUGAAAACUGCGUCGGCGUUUGCUUUGAAUCGUCACAAUUCUCAAGCGAAGUUCUUGUUACUCAGCAAAAGAUAGAAAUGCAGAAGGAGCUGGUGAGGCUGGAGAAGCUGAUGGCUCUCGUGUCAGAGGUGCUUCAGGGGAAAGAAGGCAGUCCUGCUGCAGAAACCAAUCAGGGCUGUGAAAACAGGGGUCCAGAACUGGAUGAGCAGGAUCAAGUCCAGAGUUCAGACAGGACGGAUAUUUUAGAUGCAGAAACCAAAGCACCUGAUGAUAAAGUGGCAGAGCGUGGUGGCUUUUCAGGAACCGCUGUUCAAGACUUGACUCAUGCAGAAUCGACUGUAAAAGACACAAAAACCCCUAAUUCAAUUUCUGCAACCAAAACGGCGAAAGCUUGUGAUUCACCUCCAGAUUGCCAAGAAGACAAAGAAAACAACAGCCCUCCAAAAGAAAAAUCUAAAGCUAAACUUGUUCUGGUGUCGUCCGGAUUGGGCCCGAAUGAGCAGAUAAUGGUGAAAAAGUUUGCCAAGAGAGUCGGCGGUCGCAUCGUUUCCCAGGUGACACCAGAGGUGACGCAUAUCGUAAUGCGCACAGAUGAUCAGCUGGUCUGCGAACGCACACUGAAAUACUUCCUUGGCAUUGCGGGUCGGAAAUGGGUCGUCAGCUUCCAGUGGAUUUCUGAAUGCUUCAAGGAAAAGAAACUGUUGAAAGAGAGUUCGUUUGAAGUGAGAGGCGAUGUGGUGAACGGACCGAACCACCAGGGGCCGUUAAGAGCCCGCACCGCAGGAGACAGUAAUCUGCUCAUGAAGGGAUACAAGAUCUGCCUCAAGGGGCCGUUUCCAGACAUGUCAACAGAUGAGAUGGAGUGGAUGGUGGAGCUGUGUGGCGCUACUGUAGUUAAAGACCCACUUGUCCUUGACGGCGAACAGAAGUCCCACCAGAUCGUUAUUGUUCAGCCCAGAUCCGACUCAUCGUCGUCGUCCUGCUACAGCGGUGAGUAUUUCCUGAAAACUAAACCUCGUCUUCACCUCCACGUCGACUCGGCCCGGAUCGUCACACCUUCCUGCGUAACUCCGACACAUUUCCAGCAUUUAACGACUCGACAGGAGCGUCGGCAGUGGUUGCAUAAUUCAAGGUUCAAUCCGAGGUUAUCCAGAAACAAAUGUAAAAGACUUUAUUUUAAAACGUGAUGGCAUGUUUUAGAUGUUUUAUUGCAUUAGUUUGUUUAAUAAAUUAUAUUUGUACAUGUCUUACCUGGUUAAAAGCUAAUUUAGUUUUGAUUAUAAUGAUUUUCUUCUUUAUGUUUUAAUAAUCUCAGGUUAACCCUUUAUAGUUCAUAUUUUCAGUUUUGGCUGUAGCGGAUUUUAAAUGAGUAAAUUCUCACCUUAACUCAUUUAGAUUUUCUAGAAAUAUAUUUAUGUAUAUAUAUAUAUACAGUAUAUAUACUGUAUAUAUACAGUACAGACCAAAAG